UGCCGUCAGACAGCCAGUUCAGGCCAGUUCACUACCGCUGUAGUACUCGGUCUGUCCCUCUGAGCUGUCAACACACAGCAACGAGCCACUCUGCCAGCGACAACAUUUUUCUCUUCAACGACGUUUACCUUCAGAUAACAGCUACUCCCGUCUCACCAUGACUCGGAGGUGAUCUUCAGCGUGUCCAGGUGGUUCUGGGGUUCCAGGUUGGUGUGGUGAGAGAGCAAACUAACUGUGGGGAGGAGGACUGCCUGGGGCAUCGUGUCCCUGGCUCUCAAGUGACUAAGGGAGGAGCUUGGUAAACUGUUCUGCAGCAUGGAGAAGGAAGACCCAAAGGUCCUCAACAAAGGGGAAGAGGAGGAGAUGGAGCUGCAGGGCUACCGUCUGUGUCGUUGGCGGCUGGCCCUCGUGGGCCUCGGGGUGCUGUGUACGGGGGGCUUCCUCCUCCUGCUGCUCUACUGGAUGCCACAGUGGUGCGUCAAAGCCACCUGCACCCGUACCACAGCUCGUGAUGCCGAAGUGGUAUUGCUGCGCUCCACGGAUGAGUUCCGACGCUGGUUCUUGGCCAGGGUACGAGUGAUGCUGGCCCCGGGGAGCAACCCCUUCCACAGCUUGGAGACCCAGACCACCUCCCCCUCCCCCUCCCCUACCUCUCCCUCCUGUCCCUUCUCCUCCCCACAUCUGGCCAACGGACACAACCCCCACCCCUCCGAUGGCAGCCCAGCUCAGGAGCUCUUUGGAAUAUAUGGUGACUACCAGCCCACAAAGAUUCGUUAUUUUACCUUCCAUAGCACAAAGUAUUAUUGGAACGACGGUGUGCAGAACUUUGACGUUUUAACUGGCCUGGAUGAUCUGCAGGUCAGCUGCUCUACCCUCCACUCGGAGCACAGUGCAGGUCUGACCAGGAACCAGCAGAAGUACAGGAGACUGUUCUUCGGAGUGAAUGAAAUUGCAGUGAAAGUGCCUUCUGUUUUCAAGCUGCUUAUCAAAGAGGUCCUAAACCCUUUCUACAUCUUCCAGCUCUUCAGUGUGAUUCUGUGGAGUGCCGAUGAGUAUUAUUAUUAUGCCGUGGCCAUUCUUUUCAUGUCGGUCAUAUCCAUAGCUACCUCUCUGUACACCAUCAAAAAGCAAUACAUCAUGCUUCAUGAUAUGGUGGCAACUCACAGUAUUGUUCGUGUGUCUGUAUGCCGAGCCAACAAUGAAAUCGAUGAGAUUUUGUCUACUGAUCUGGUGCCCGGUGAUGUGAUGGUCAUCCCCAGCAAUGGGACCAUCAUGCCAUGUGACGCCGUGCUGGUCAGCGGCACCUGCAUCGUCAAUGAAAGCAUGCUCACAGGUGAGAGCGUUCCUGUGACAAAGACUAAUCUCCCCAACCCAUCGCCUGGGGAGAGGGGGGAGGAGGCUGACGCUGCCUACAACACAGAGGAACAUAAGAGACACACGCUCUUCUGUGGUACCCACGUCAUCCAGACCCGUUACUACACUGGAGACCUGGUCAAGGCUGUGGUGGUCAGCACAGGUUUCAGCACAGCCAAAGGCCAGCUGGUGCGCUCUAUCCUUUACCCAAAACCCACCGACUUCAAACUGUACCGUGAUGCCUACCUCUUCCUGUUGUGUCUGGUGGCUGUGGCUGGAAUUGGCUUUGUCUACUCCAUUGUCCUCAGUGUCUUGCACAAGGUGCCAGCUAAGACCAUCAUCAUUGAGUCCCUGGACAUCAUCACAAUCACUGUGCCACCGGCGCUGCCAGCCGCCAUGACUGCUGGCAUUGUGUACGCCCAACGACGCCUCAAACGCCUUGGCAUUUUCUGCAUCAGUCCACAGAGGAUCAAUAUCUGCGGUCAAAUCAAUCUGGUCUGCUUUGACAAGACUGGAACUCUGACAGAAGAUGGAUUAGACCUAUGGGGAGUCCAUAGGGUUGAGAAUGGAAGUUUCCAUCCGUCAGAGGAAAACGCAUAUAAGGAAAGUCUUGUCAAGUCCCAGUUUGUGGCUUGUAUGGCCACCUGCCACUCUCUUACCAAAAUAGAAGGCCAGCUGUCUGGAGAUCCGCUGGACCUCAAAAUGUUUGAGGCUAUUGGCUGGAUCCUGGAGGAGGCUACUGAGGAGGAAACAUCUCUCCACAACCGUAUCAUGCCCACUGUUGUUCGACCCCCAAAACAGCUGUUGCCCCCACAGCCUGCCGUAUCACCAGAGCAGGACAUGGAACUCUAUGAGCUCUCGUCAACGUAUGAGGUAGGAAUCGUGCGCCAGUUUCCCUUUUCUUCAGCACUCCAGAGGAUGUGUGUGGUAGCUCGUCUGCUGGGGGAGAAACGUAUGGAUGCUUACAUGAAGGGAGCCCCAGAAGUGGUGGCUAGUCUCUGCAAGAAAGAGACUGUGCCAGAAAACUUUCAAGAGGUUUUGGAGAGCUACACCAAACAGGGUUUCAGGGUCAUCGCUCUAGCUCAUCGUCGACUUGAAUCCAAACUCACCUGGCACAAAGUACAAAAUAUCAGCAGGGAUCCCAUUGAGGCAAACAUGGAGUUCCUUGGUCUGAUCAUCAUGCAGAACAAGCUGAAGGCAGAAACCCCAGCUGUGCUGCAGGACCUCCGCCAAGCCAGCAUCCGCACAGUCAUGGUUACUGGUGACAACAUGCUAACAGCCAUCUCUGUGGCCCGGGACUGUGGAAUGAUCCCUCCCCAAGACACAGUCAUCAUUGCUGAUGCCUUCUCCCCCCAUGAUGGACAAGCUGCGAAGAUCACCUGGAGAUACGCUGACAAGCCGAGCGAGACAUCUCGCCUGGAGGCCAUAAACAUCAGUCUGGAGGAUGUUGGUCACGUAGAUGAGCCCAAAGCACAAGAGCUGUACCACUUUGCUAUGAAUGGAAAAUCGUUUGCGGUCAUCUUGGAGCAUUUCCCUGACAUGCUUCAAAAGCUGGUGCUGCAAGGCACGGUGUUUGCCAGAAUGGCACCGGACCAGAAAACUCAACUCAUUGAGGCGUUGCAAGGCGUAGAUUACUUUGUGGGAAUGUGCGGAGAUGGAGCAAACGACUGUGGGGCUCUGAAGAGGGCACAUGGUGGCAUCUCUCUGUCAGAGCUCGAGGCCUCUGUAGCCUCUCCCUUCACCUCCAAGACCCCCAACAUCUCCUGUGUCCCCAGCCUCAUCAGGGAGGGGCGUGCUGCUCUCAUCACCUCCUUCUGUGUGUUCAAGUUCAUGGCGCUCUACAGCAUCAUCCAGUACAUCAGUGUCACUCUCCUCUAUUCUAUCCUCAGUAACCUUGGAGACUUCCAGUUCCUCUUCAUCGAUAUUGCCAUCAUCCUCCUUAUUGUCUUUACCAUGAGUCUGAAUCCAGCUUGGAAAGAACUGGUGUCACGUCGUCCCCCAUCAGGUCUGAUCUCUGGGCCUCUGUUAUUCUCUGUGCUGACCCAGAUCCUCAUCUGCUUGGGCUUCCAGACCAUUACAUUCCUUUGGGUCCGACAGCAGUCUUGGUACACGGUCUGGACACCACUUACAGAUGUCUGCAACCUGCCAUCACAUAUUAACGUGUCUGACCACAAUGACACAGAAGUGGACGACCACAACAUCCAAAACUUCGAGAACACCAGCCUCUUCUAUGUCUCCUCCUUCCAGUAUCUUGUUGUUGCUGUCGUUUUCUCAAAGGGAAAACCUUUCAGGCAGCCUAGCUACAAGAAUUGGCCUUUUGUGCUGUCGGCCUUGUGUUUGUAUGUUUUCCUGCUGUUCAUCAUGUUCCACCCUGUCAAAGGCAUUGAUGAUUUUCUAGAGAUUGUUUGUGUCCCGUUUGAAUGGAGGAUAAAACUCUUCAUCAUCAUCUUGGUCAAUGCUGCUGUGGCUGUUUUUGUAGAGACCUUCAUCCUUGACAUCAUCUUAUGGAAGCUUGUGUUCAGCCGAGACAAACAGAGCAGCCUCGGCAUCACUCCUGUUGCCUCGACACCACAGAGGGCCAUUGACAUGCGAGCAUACAAGUGUCUGUCCCGGCUGUGCUGCCCAAGCAAGAUUACACCCAAGGCUCGCUACAUGCAUCUGGCCCAGGAGCUCAGUGUGGACCCCGACUGGCCUCCAAAGCCAACCACCACCACUGAAGCCAAGUCCCGCUCUGAAAAUGGCUCCACCUAUCGAAUCAGGAUAAACUCCUAGCACCCCCCCACAACACCUCACACUAUCUAAUCUAGCCCUCCGAUAUAGGAGACAUGUAUGCAAAUACCGUGUGUUCAGUGAAUGCACCUUCAACCUAUUCAAAUUAAAUUGGAUAAUCAUA